UUUCCUUCCGGCGUGCGAGCAGCGUGCGCGUGCGAGCGAAAGCGAGAGAAAACAAGAGGGGGCUUCCUUUGCAUGUGAGGCGAGAGAGGAGGGGGGCCAUGUCGAUCGCACUGAAGAGCGGACCCGGGCUAGGCGGUGGCGGCGGCGGGGCCCGGUUCGGCCGUGUCGGCCGCUGCGGCGCCUACGUGGCCUCGCCGCCGUCGUCGGCGGGGCGCGGCGGCUCGUCGUCGCUGGGGGCGCGGGACAGUGACAGCCCGGCGGCGGCGGCGCAGUGGGAGUGGGACGGGGAGGAGGUCGAGGGCGGCGACGGCGAGGUGCAGAGCUCGUACAAGGGGCCAUUCGACACCAUGGACGCGCUCCAGGAGGCCCUGCCCUACAGGAAACAAGUAUCCAAGUUCUACAAUGGCAAGUCCGGAUCUUUCCCAAAGCCUCCAGAUGCUAUGAUUGCAUCUCCUCCACUAAAGGGCCUUCCAAAGCCAGGCACCCCAUCUCCUCCACUAAAGGGCCUUCCAAAGGCAGACACUCCAUCUCCUAGGAAGCGCAAAGGUCUUCUUCCAUUCAGUUUCAAGUGGGGCAAAGCACAGAACAAAGAAGUAUUCCCUGAAGAUGACGUCGUGGACAGCCCCUCGACUUGCAGGAGGAUGACACUGUCUCCGGCCGCCACAAGCAGCUCUGGGAGCAACAGUGGCAGUGAUGAUGAAGCUCAGAAGCUGCCUCCCCGUCGCCCACACAGAAGGCCUGGCAACGCCACGGGCGUCUUUGCCUCCCCGCCCGCACCUCGUCCACCGAAGCUGUUCCCUGCCCACAUGAGAUCUCAGUCGAUGCGCGAUCUGCAGGAUGAGACGGACUCAACGGUCAUGGUCUCUCCCAGGGACAAGCGUAGGAAGAACUAGCAAAUACCUGGACCUGGGCGCUCUGUCAUCCCUCCAAGCACUGCAUCCAUUUUAGACUGCGAAAUCCAGUGGCCGGCAAUGCCCCACAUGAUUGCGAUGCUUUUUUUGUGAGGUCGAAUGGACCCGUGUCUAUAGGGCUGGAAACUUUCCUUAUACCUAGUGCUCAAUACAUACAAAUGAAACUGAGAAAUCGAGUAAUCAGUGGACUUUCAUGCAUUGGUUGCUGUUUUGACUUGUAAAUGCUGGAUCCUGCUCUUGUUCACAAAUUCAAUCAUGUUGCCGGCAGAGUAUCUGUAUAUAUGCCAGGAUGUGGGUUUUCUCUUGUUGAACAAGCCAGUACCAGGAUAUUGCAAUGUCAGGAAUGUAAAAUAGUACUGCCAGUACCAGUUUGUAUAUAGUGUCCAGUGUUUAGGUUCAAGCCUGUCAGUGGUUCGUUGAAAAUGCUAUUGUAGUAUGCUUAUGUAUUGACACCUAAACCAACAUGCUACAUGACAGGAUCACGCUUUCCCAGAAUUACUAA